AUGCUUCCUCCACAAGAAUUCUUCAACGCUGAUGAUAACCACAAUGCACCUGAAGAGGCUGAAACCAAUCAUGGCUCUGAAGACGAUGAAUAUACAGAUGACGUGCCGGACUACAAUGACCAAUCUGAAAAUCAAACGGACAACCUUGAACCUACAUUUGAGGUAGCUCCAGAUCUCACAAGUAGUUAUCACACAACUGCUUCAAGAAAGCAUGCAAUUUGCCUAAAUGACCUUAUCAGCAAGGCCAACUUCAUAUCACGUUGUGUGGUUAGGUCUGUUGCAUGGAGGCGACACUUUUCAGGAAUAGCAAGUAUUAUGAAUUUGAAAGUUCUACCUUUGACUCCCGGUUACAAUGCCACUUGUUGGAAUACGGAAUUUGAUUCACUUAAUUGGAGUGUCCAGGCAUGCAAACUGAUGAUCUCAAACUUGUGA